UUUUUUUUUUUUGUUUGUUUGUGAAUUAUUUAUCAUGUCUUAUCAAACAUUAUUUCCUCAUCGUAUGAAUCAGUUACCUAUAGAUGACGUUGUUUGUUGUCAAACGACGAUUCCUCGAUCAUGCUUAAUGAAUAUGCUUCAUGAUGUUCAUUUUUUAUAUCCUAUGGAAUGUGAACAUCGGCCAAAUAUUUUGUCGCGUGUGCUCGUGUGUAUGUAUGAAUUACAAGGUGAUAAAACUCAAGCUACCAAUGCCUAUCAACAACUUUUAUCUUCUUUACAUUUUUUACGACCUGUUUCUACUGCCAUUGACAUUCAUGUAGAUAAUUGGGAAAAACAUCUGGGUGAUACAACAUGUUAUAAAAGUUAUUUAUAUUUUUUUGAUAAGGAAAUCAAACAACAUGGAAUGGUCAAUACAUUAUAUCGAUACUUGAAUGCUAUGCCUUUAUCUAUUCAUGCUCAACUUCAACCUCUUGUUCAUUUGACUUUUGGUUUGGAACAUGACUUGCCUCUCAUGGUAUCUGAAGGUCUAGCUUAUUAUGCCAGUACUUUGGACUAUGCUUCACCAUGGAUUCUUGAAAACACCACCACUACACAACCACCUUGUUCUUUUGAUGAUAUUCUAUUUGAUUGCAUUCAAUCUGAUCCUCGAUUCAAUGGUGUUAUGGAAGGAGGUCGUCCUCUGGCGGCCAAAAUCAAACUUUUACUGAAAAAUCAUGGUCCUUUACUACAGCAAUAUCUUAGUCAAUGGUUCAACACAUCUUUGGACAAUGAAAAAAGGAUGGAUGAAUUGAUGCAUACGACUUUACAACUAUUGAAACAGCAUCUCUUGGAUGAACCCACACAACAACUCUUGGCUUCUCUUCUUGCCAUCCGUACUCUUUAUGAUCAUCAACUUCUAUCGUCAUCACAUGUUUUUCCAUGGCUCCAGGUCCAAGCAUUAUUGAUGAUGUGUACAUUUAUUAUUCAAGGACGAACGCGUCGUAAUAGUAGUAGUAGUAGUGAUAUUCAACAUCCAUCAUCGUUACAACAGGAUUGGCAUCAUUGUAUUCAAGCUUUUGUCACGACAACAAACCCUCCUCCUUCCUCUAUCUUACUCAUGCGGUCCUUGUGGAAAGCUCAACAAUAUACGGAUGUCCCUAAUUUGUGUUUAUUAAUUGCGAAUGACUUGGUCUUUUCCAUACAAGAAGUACCUUGAUCCUCUUUUUUUCGGAUUAGUUGUACGAUUUUUAAUCAAUAAAGAUUUUUUUUUUUUUGAAAGACUUAAGAUCAGUUGACUUGACGGGAAUAAAC